AUGGUCGGCACUUCAUUGAAUAGCUAUCUCAGGGAUAUCCGACAAUCCUAUCUUUCAACAGCACCCCCUCCAAGGCGAACAAAUAUAUCUUCCAAAACGAAACAAUGGCGACAUUUGAACGAUCGCCAGCGCGAAGAAAUCGAUGCCGAAACGAAAAAAUUAUUACGAGAACUAAAUGUUAGCAUACGAAGUAUGGAUGAGGCUGAAGGCAUACGAUAUACCGCCGAGGCACUGAUGAUACAAAAUAAAUAUGCACGAACUUUGGGAAGAUUUGGAAAUUGGGCAGCAGGAGGUGGAGAACAAUCAAAAUCCAUGGAGCAAGAGUUGGAAGAAGCAAAACUAAAUGCAAUCAAGAUGCAUCGCGAUAGUGUGGUGUGGUAUCUACGGCAAAAGCUUUCAGAAUGUGGUACCCUUCAAGCUUCAAUGAUGGAGAAGAGAAUCAUGAGGGAGAUGGAGAAGAACAAGAGUAAUCUUGCAAAAUCUCGCGUAAUGAUGCCGGAUAUUGUGGGCUUUGGAGAGUCAUCAUCGACAAAAUAUACUUCAAGUGGAAAUGCUCACCUAGAGGCACAAUCACCAUCACAAACCUCCUUUCCUGAACAAGGACUGACUCCGGAACAAAUACAAAUGUUUGAACAAGAGAAUCAUGAUAUGUUGAAACAUUAUCAGAGUACCUUGGAUCAGGUCAAAACAGCAGAAAAGUCCUUGAUUGAAAUCUCGGAGCUUCAGACGCAACUCUUGAAUAGUGUAGCAUCACAAGCGGAACAAAUCGAAAUCCUAGCCGAACAAUCUCACCAAACUACCGAAAAUGUCGGCGGAGGUAAUAAGGAAUUGAAAAGGGCAACUGAACGAAAGAGUACAGCAAAUAUUUGGGAGUGA